AUGCUAAGGAACGUUCUCAUCAUUUCUGAUGGAGGGCUCGUUCUCUUCUCCAAGGAGUUCUUCAACACUGUCUCUCAGCCCCGCCUCGUCGGUUCCCUCCUCACUGCCAUCCUUGAGUUCUCCACCAACAACGUCGGGGCUCCCGUCAGCUACCUAGAGUUCAGCACCAUCGCCGUCUCCAUCUGCUCCUCCAAAGGUCCUGAAGACGCCAAGCUCAUGCUUGAAAGACCGUCGACAGCCAGCAGCGGCAGCGCUUCCCCGGCUCCUCCUCACCUUUCCCGCCACAAGUCUGAGUUUCAUAAUCCUGUUGAGCGGCACGAGACUCCAUCAGCAACUCCCAAGCAGACGCCAAGGAGGAGCGGAGGAGGAUCGCUCAUCUGCGCGCUGUUCCAUGACGUGGAGGACGGGCCCGAGCUUGGACGGCUGAUCGCCGUGGAACUUCUCAGCUCCUUCCGGCGACAGUUCGGCGCGAGCCUAGCCAAGGCAGGAGGAACGCCACACAUCAACCUGAAUGACUUCGAGCCCUUUCACGCCACCAUCCCGGUGGUGCUGCAGGGGCUGGUCGCUCCUGUGCUGGAGGGGCUGAUGCGGGUCAACGGGAUCAAGAUGUCGCUCCUCCUCUCCGACGACUCGCGCAUCCUCCACUGCACCGCUGAUGGCGUUGAUGGGCUGGGGCUGGGUGCGAACCUGGAGGCGCUCUCCAACCUCUCAGAGGUCCACACAAUCCCCUCCUCCUCCUCCUCCUCCUCCUCCUCCUCCUCCUCCUCCUCCUCCUCCUCCUCCUCCUAUAUUUGA